AGUGACGGUGGGAGGAAGUGUUUUCAGUCUGUAGAGAUACAGGUGAGAAGACAGCUGAGUGACGGUGGGAGGAGGAUGGUCUAUCUUAAGUCAGGUACCAUUGUCUCUCAAUUCUAUCCUCUUUAACAAAGCUCCAGGUAAAUGUAAGCCUGCUAGCUGAAAGAAAAAGUAUAAUAAUAAAAUGCUUUGAACAUGAACGGUAUUUGUGUGUGUGUGUGUGUGUGCAUGUGUGGUGUGUGUGUGUUGUGUGUGUGCGUGUGCGUGUGUAUCAGCAGGUAGUAUUCUCAGUAUGAACAUCAGCACCAGGGAUAGUUGUGAUGCAUUCCAACUGUCCAGUAGCCACGUCCCCGUCCCCGCUAUUACUUGGCCCUACAUCGCCGCUGAGCUGCUCAUCGCUCUCCUCGCUAUCGCUGGGAAUUUCCUGGUCUGUCUGGCCGUGAACCGAAACCGGAAGCUACGCACCGUCACCAACUACUUCCUGGUGUCGCUUGCGGUGGCCGACAUCUUUGUGGGCGUGCUGGCGAUCCCGUGUGCCGUGUUGACCGACCUGGGCUACCCGCGCCACAACCUGCCUCUGUGUCUGCUCCUCCUGAGCGUGCUCAUCGUGCUAACCCAGAGCUCCAUCCUCAGCCUGCUAGCGGUAGCCGCAGAGCGCUACGUGGCCAUCCUGCUGCCGCUCCAGUACCAGAGGAUCGUGAGCCCCAGGAACGCCCGGCUGGCCCUGGUCCUCACCUGGUGUCUGGCCCUACUCUCUGGUUCCAUCCCUCUGAUGGGCUGGCACGGAUCACUGCCACCUUCUGGGGCUUGUCUCUUCCCCUGUGUGGUCGAUUUGAGUUAUAUGGUCUACUUCAACUUCUUGGGCUGCGUGCUGGUUCCUCUGGUGGUCAUGUUUAUCAUCUACGGUCACAUCUUCCUCACGGUCCGACAGCAGCUCAGACGUAUCGCAGCCAGGUGUGGUUCCGGCGGCAGCGAGUAUAAACGAGCGGCGCGUAUGCGUCGUGAGGUGAGGAAGGCCACCUCUCUGUUCCUGGUGUUGUUCAUGUUCAUCCUGUGUUGGCUGCCUCUCCACAUCCUGAACUGUGUUACGUUGAUGUGCCCGCGCUGCCACGUUCCCCUGCCGCUGUCCCUGGCAGCCAUACUGCUCUCCCACGCCAACUCUGCCCUUAACCCGCUGCUCUAUGCCUAUCGCAUGAGGUCCUUCAGACACACACUGAGGGCUCUCUGCUGCACACACACUGCAUGAUACACACACACUGCAUGAUACACACACACACACACUGCAUGACACACACACACACACACACACACACUGCAUGACACACACACACACACACACUGCAUGAUACACACACACACACACACACUGAGGGCGCCCUGCUGCACACCCACUGCAUGAUACACACACACUGCAUGAUACACACACACACACACACACACACACACACACACACACACACACACACACACACACACACACACACACUGAGGGCGCCCUGCUGCACACCCACUGCAUGACACACACACUUAAUGACACACACACACACACUGCAUGACACAAUAUGGGCUCCCGAGUGACGCAGUGGUCUGGGAUACUGCAUCUCAGUGCAUGAGGCGUCACUGCAGUAUCUGGUUUGAAUCCAGCCUGAAUCACAACCGGCCGUGAUUGGGAGCCCCAUAGGGCGAUACACAUUUGGCCCAGCGUCGUCCGGGUUUGGUCGGGGUAGGCCGUCAUUGUAAAUAAUAAUUUGUUCUUAACUGACUUGCCUAGUUAAUUAAAGAUUAAAUAAAAUGACAUACACACACACACUGCAUGACACACACACAUGCUUAAUCACACACACACACUUAAUGACACACACACACACACACGACACACACAGGCAGAUAUCUCAUCCAGAGGAUUGCAAUGUUUA